GUCACUUCCUUGUACACCGGAAGCUGUAUCUUGCGUUAGCAGAGGAGACAACGCGCGGCACGGUGGCAGCAUGUCGUACGCAAUGAGACGAGACCGUGGCAGGGGCCGGGGAGGCCGCUUCCGUCCCCGUGGAGGGCUGGUCCAGGGGUACUGCCCUUUUGCCCCACACUCCGCCUUUGAUUUAUAUUUGUGUGCGAUGGCCUUUCCCAGAGUGAGGCCUGCAGCUGAUGAGACAGCUUUCAGUGAGUGUCUGCUGAAGAGGAACCAGGACCUCAGCCCCACACCUGCAGAGCAGUCCUCCAUCUUGUCGCUGGUCACAAAGAUCAACAACAUUAUUGACAACCUUAUUGUUGCCCGCGGCAACUUUGAAGUGAGAAUUGAGCAGGUGUGUCAGGUUGGCUCUUAUAAGAAGGGCACAAUGACAACAGGACACAAUGUUGCUGACCUGGUUGUAAUCCUUAAGAUCCUCCCUACAUGGAAGGCAGCUGCUGCUCUCGGCAACAAAGUAGUGGACACCCUUCUCACACAGGACCCAACUGAUGUGCUGUCCAUGCUUACCAAUGAGACUGGCUUUGAGAUAAGCUCAACCUCAGCUGAUGCUACUGUCAAGAUCCUCAUCACCACGGUCCCAUGCAACCUGCGCAAGCUGCACCCUGAACUGCACUUGGACAUCAAGGACCUACGGAGGUCGCUUGCUGCCGUUCGCCACGCCCAUUGGUUUGAGAAGAACGCCUCCCAGUCAACUGUGAAAGUGCUGAUCCGCCUGUUGAAGGACCUGAGGCUGCGCUUCCCUGGUUUUGAGCCCCUCACUCCCUGGAUCCUGGACCUGCUGGGCCAUUAUGCAGUGAUGAACAACCCCUUGAGACAGCCUCUGUCUCUUAAUGUGGCUUACAGGCGCUGCCUGCAGAUGCUUGCUGCUGGUCUCUUUCUGCCAGACUCUGUAGGUCUCAUUGACCCCUGUGAGAGAGGACAUUUCAGCGUGCACAUGGUCAUGACUCUGGAGCAGCAGGACAUGGUGUGUCUAACAGCCCAGACACUGUUGAGAGUCCUCUCUCGUGGGGGCUACAGGAAGAUCCUGGGGCUGGAGGGAGAAAACUGAGUCAGAUCACAGUUUUAGUUUCUGCUCUCAACAGAGCACAAUUAUU